AUGCUAAAUCGUCUAUUUUCGCACUAUGUUCCCAUAUCAAUAUCAACAUUUCAACAAUCUCUGCGAUUUUUAUCAUUAACACCUAUUAAUUACAAGCGUUCACAUGCUGAUAUACGUGAAGGAGCAGUACGUGAAAUAAAUUUACGUCCAGAAAAUAUUCAAACACCAUUAAGUAUUGAUGUUGAUAAAUAUUAUGGUGGUUCUGGUCAAGUUCGUGAAACAGAUUUUGAAAAAUUAAUUGGUGAUGCAAAUAAUCCUGAAGUUCUACAAGUUAAAUAUGAAGAUUUACCAAUUGUACAUAUGAAAUGUACACGUAAUAAUACAUUAGUAGAUGUUAGUGAUUGUACAGGUCAACAAAUAUUUCGUACAUCAUGUGGUGUUGUGGGUUUUCAUAAUGCAAAAAAAGGUACAACAACAGCAGCACAAGCUGUCGGAAUACACAUGGGAAAUAAUUUAUUACGACGUAAUAUGAAACAUGUACGAGUUGUUGUUAAAGGUACUGGUCCAGGACGUUUAAUGGCAAUAAAAGGUUUACAAUUAGCUGGAAUUGAUAUUGUUACCAUAACUGAUAAUACUAGUAUUCCAACAUUACACGUUGGAUUACAACGACCAAAGAAAAUGAGACGUGUUUAG